AUGAACAACUCAGCAGAAGAUAAAAAUUCUGUGCAGGACGGCAAGCAGGAGCAGCCCAGCGAUGGGCUAUCUUAUACAGAAUCACUUGUAUCGUUCUGAAAAGAAGGAUCAUCCAUUUCUGAGCACAUUUCAAAACUCCAGUCAGAAAGAUCUGGCUCAUUUGAUGUUCUUGAAGAAGGCAGAAGCUCUAUUGAAGAAAUUACCUCGAAAUUCAAAGCAAUUAUCAAAAAAGUUACAGAUCCUAAAGAAAAGGCUUCACUACUUUUAGAUAUGAACAAAAUUAUCACCAAAGUUAAGGCCAAGGCUUAUGACUCUGAAUUCAUUAGAAAAAGGGAUAAAUUAGCUUACGUUUUUUUUACUCUUAGGCUUAUCCUUGGGACUUAUUUAUUAGGAAGAUGGCCUUGCUAUUAUCCAUGGUUCCAUGUGAUUUCUGCGUUAAUUAUGAUACCAGCCAGAUUUUUUUAUUUCAGAAGCUUAAGGUAUCAUUACUUCUUACUCGAUUUUUGUUAUUGGGCUAAUUUGAUUAUUGUGCUUUAUUUAUCAGUAUACAGAGAUAAUCAAAUUUUAUAUAAUGUAGCCCUUGCUUUUUCUACUGGCCCAUUAUUGGCAUCAGUGCCAAUAUUCAAUAAUGCAAUUGUUUUUCAUUCCCUUGACAAAAUUACCAGCAAUUUCAUACAUUUAAGCCCUUCUAUUGCUUUAUGGUCUUUGAGAACAGAUAGCUGCUCAGCAAACAUAGAGCCUUUGCCGUUUUUGGAUUACUAUUUUUAUGCAGUAGCAUUUUAUUCAACUUGGGUUAUUCCAUAUACCCUUAUUGUGUUUAAAUUUACCUUUGAAAGGUGUAAAAGAAAGGAUAAUCUGACACUAUAUUCAUGGAUGAUGGAGGACAAAGAAAGUAAUUAUUAUAAUUAUGGAGGCAAAUUUGGAGAAAAAUACAGACCUUUAAUGUUUGUCAGUCAUCAUGCUAUUAUAAAUAUACUGUUAUUGGGAGUUGCAUAUUUGGCUUUGACACAUUUUUAUAUUCAUACAGCGUUUAUUGGAGUAAUUUUAUUGAGUUCUCUGUGGAAUGCAGCAAAUUAUUAUAUUGAAUUUUUCUCGAGAAAAUAUGUGUCGGAUUUAGAAAAGCUUGAGGCAUUAAAAGCUAAAUUAGAGUAA